AUGUCUAAGAGAGGACGUGGUGGUUCUGCGGGAGCAAAGUUUCGCAUUUCACUGGGUCUUCCAGUGGGUGCCGUCAUAAACUGCGCCGACAAUACAGGAGCAAAGAACCUCUAUGUGAUUGCUGUACAAGGUAUCAAAGGUCGCCUUAACAGGCUGCCAGCUGCUGGUUCUGGUGACAUGAUUGUAGCUACUGUCAAGAAAGGCAAGCCUGAACUCAGGAAAAAGGUAAUGCCAGCAGUAGUGAUCAGGCAACGGAAACCAUUUAGGAGGCGGGAUGGUGUCUUUAUAUACUUUGAAGAUAAUGCAGGUGUCAUAGUAAACAACAAAGGAGAAAUGAAAGGCUCUGCAAUCACUGGACCUGUAGCUAAAGAGUGCGCUGAUCUGUGGCCCCGUAUUGCCUCCAAUGCAAGCUCAAUAGCUUGA